ACAACGAUAACUUUUCUGUGAAGAAUUCGAUUUUAUCGGUUUUUGACAUUUGCAAGUGAAACAUUUGUAAAUCCACGCAAAAUAAUGCACACUUUGCUUUUAUUUACAAAUUUAUAUUAUCAGUGCGGUGGUCGUCGAUGUUUACGUUUGUGAAAUUUAUUCAUAUUCAUUUAAAAGAUUGUAAUGUUACUCAAAUAUUGAAAAAUGGAAGUCAAUCCUAUAGCAGUCAUUUUAGUUUAUAUGGAUAGCAAAGGUGAUCGCUUACUUUUCCGAUAUCCUUAUCAAAACAUUGGAAAAAAUGGUAUUUCGGCGAGUACGGUAGCAGCUGCUCAGGAAAUAAAAAAGCGUAACCCAUAUUCAAUAAAUAAUCCAGAUGACUUAUUGCAAACGCCACCUUAUAAUAUACCAAAAUCAAUGGUAUGUAAAGGUUUUUCAGAUGAGGUACUUUCGACCCUAUUUGCAGUAAAACAAAAGUUGUGCAAUCAAAAGUUCGAACUAAAAGUAAAUGACAUACGUUUCGUUAGUCAUCCUACAUUAAUACAACGAAAAGAUAGACAAAAUAUUACCUCGACAGUUAACACACAAGCCACGAAUAUUGUAAACAGCGUAAUACCAGCAACUAAUGUUGUAAAACAACAACCACAAAUGUUAAUUAAUAUUGUUUUCGCAUUACAUGCCCAAGCUAGUUAUUCAAUAGUUAAAUGCUAUUAUGAGCUAAGUAAACGGCUUGGAUUAGCUUUAAAAGUUGAGGAACAGCGAAUAGGAUAUGUUACGGAAGAGAUAUUGCAAAUGGCACGCACACAUGACGAAAUCUCUUCACAGCAACAGCCUUUGGAGCGUGCAUUUGAAACAAUUUCCGAGCAUUGUAGUUUGGCACAAUCACUAAAAUCGAUUUAUCAUGAUUUGUGCACAACUGGGCUCCUAACUACGACUCUCAACCAAAAUCUCACAUUAAGUUUUUGCUUACCACAAAAAGCGCAUCAAUUACAUAAAAAAUGUAGUAUGGUUGAUCCAGAGACAAUUGAUAUCUGCUUGCGUUCACUAAAACCCUAUCAUGGCAUGUUGCUCCUGGUUGAUUUCGUUGAACUACUUGAUUGUGUGCCACCAUCUGGAGCACGUAUGUUGAUGCAAUUAGUUGAGGUGUACACACCACUUAUGAGUUUACAGAGCAUGGCAUCAGAUGCUGACUUAAGCAUUGAACACGUUUACAAACUUGUAUCACAUUUAGUUUACUGGGCGAAAGCCACAAUUAUAUACCCACUUUGCGAAACAAAUGUUUAUGUUAUAGCACCUGAUGCACCAUUGCAUACCAAGUCUCAUUUAGUGGAGAAAUUCUCUACAAGAUUUGCAGGCAUGUCGUUGUUCGAAGUAAUAUCAGAUUUCUCAUUACCAACUUCUAUCGGUCAUUUAACUACACCACUACAACAACCAGCAAGACAAGGUAUACUGGCACAAAUGGUACUGUGGAUGUUGCAACAUCAUUUACUCUUACAACUACAUACUUACGUGCAGUUUAUGCCCGGUGAUUUAGACGACAUUGAUGCCGAUGUUGAUGAUAUGGAUAAUUCAUCUUUAAUGGAAUUGCACGAUGGAAUCGCGUCAGCUGUUGAAAAUGAAGAUUUUAUGUUAAGUACACGAAGUGGUAAUGUCAGUGAUGAGGAACUUAAUCCCGGUUCAUUAUUAAGUAUGUCAAGUCAACCUUUACCCGUACCUCAAACGAGUCAUCGUUCUAUUACCGAAGAUCAUUUUUCGGUAUGUGGUUCUACUGCUUCUGAUAAUAUUGCUGCGCAGCCUUCAUCAAGUCAUAAAUCUAAUUUUAGUAUGACUGCUUCUCUGAGCACAGAAAAUUGUGAUAGUAUUGGUUCCAUUGAGGAUGAAGUUAAAAUAAAAGAACUGUUGCAAGCGUUUGAUAAAUCUGAUCGCGAUAUUAUCACGCGUAUACCUGCUUACAUGAAUUUGGACGAUUUAUCUCUCCUAGUAAAACUCUAUCAAGCGGGUUAUUUUAAAAGUGAACAUCAUCUCGAAGAAAUAAUGUAUUUUGAAAACCUGAGACGUUCUCAGUUAUUGCAGUUGUUAGAUAAAUUUCGAGAUGUUUUAAUCAUAUAUGAAACAGAAGAUCCAGCAAUAGCAUCGAUGUAUCAUAAAUGAAUUCUUAAAUGUUAAAUUCAAUGCCGCAGUCAUUUGGGCUUUUUUUAAUUACGUACAAAAGAGGUGAAUAUGUUAUUUUGUGAUAUAAACUGUGUUUAAAACUAAAGAUUAAUUAAACAUCAUAUGUUGCACAUACAAAGUAAAUGUAUAGAGAGACUUUUUAAAUAAGCUAUGCAGUAUAUCUUAAAACAAU